AUGGAAGGCCUUCCCAACUUAUUAAAAACAAACCCCAAAACCAAUUCUAUCAACUUGGAAUUUUGCGAAAUUGAAGCUCUUGACCCUUUACUGCCUUUACUAGCCCAAUUCACAGAGCUCCAAGAACUCUUGCUUUUUGGAAAUAGGCUUGAGAGUCUUCCAAGAAAUCUAUCACAGUUAAGGAAAUUAGAAAAACUCGACAUCUCAAACAACCUUAUAGAAUCAAUAGACAAAAUCAUUCCUUCAUUAAAAUCGCUCCCAUCCUUAGUGGAUCUUCACAUUACUCUGCAGCAUGACGACGAAGAACAGCUCAUUCUUGAUUCUCUCCCCAACCUGCAAAGACUCAACGGCGCUGAAAUUGAGACUGAAAAAGAAGAAAAAGAAGGCCAGCCAGCAAUCCAAGUCGAGAUGAGCGAAACAAUUGAUUUCGGCUCUGAGGACUUGAACUUAAAACAAGAGGAUUUAGAAAAAGUCGCCAUCAUGUAUGACGAAAUCAGAAAUCUAUGAAGGGACGCUGACCCUUCUUAUGAUAAAAAGCUUGCUGAAGACUUUGAUAGCCAUGUCAAAGACAUCAUGGGAGAACUUUCGCAGAUGUUAAAGCAAGGCGAAUCAAAUAACCUCAUCCAUGGGUAUAUGCUGAAAGCUAAACAUGGGCUCUAUUUAAUUUGCCAGGAAAAAAUAACACAGCUGAUUAUUAAGCAGAACAAAAAGGCAGGAGCUUUAUUAAAAAAUGUUAAUCAAGCCCUUUCUUCUUUGUUUGGAGAUUCACUGUCAUCAUUGUUUUCAGUCCAUAUGAAAUAUCAAGAGAAAAUCAAGGCCAUGAAAAGUGAUAUGGAAAAAGCUAUGAAAGAAACUGCAGAAGUUUUGGAAGCUGCUGAACAAAUAGAAAAAGAAGCAGAAACACAUAAAAUGGAAAAAGAAAGACUAAAAAGAAUGCUGGAUGAGGAAAAAGAAGAAAUGAGGCAGGAGCUAGAAACACUGCAAAAUGAAAAUAAAAGGUAUUUGGAUAUUAUUAUAAAGCAUUCAAAGACAAAUGCAGAAUCUGCACUUACUGGGAGGACAAUUAGCCCUGGGAAUGAAGAUUUGAGAAGCUCAAGAGGAAAUACAAGCUAUAGACAAGUUUCGCUUGGCGGGUCAAGAAUUCUUACUUUAAGACAAUUAAAAGAUACCAUCCUAGAAAUUUAUGCUUCCAAAGCUAAGUUUGACCAAAAAUGCCUUGAUACAAAGCAGCCAAGAGAAACCAUGGAGCAGCACAUGUACACAUUUUUAAAUCAAAAAUAUGGGCUAAAGAGUUUAAUUAUAGAAUGGGCUUCAGCAAUUAUUUCAGGGAUCAAGCGUUUUUCAUCUGAAGAUAACGAUGUAGCUGUUUUCGGAAAAAUACUGAGAAAUGAAUGUGAUGAAGAAUUUAGAUUCGUCCAAAGCCAAGUCAAAGAAACCGUAGCAGAGCUUGUAAGAGUCCAUCUAAAAGGGAAAUAUCCACUUAAAACCAAUGGUGACAUUCAAGAGAUGCUUCAAGAAAAAUUCAACGGAUUUUUAUCUGAAGAGGAGUGGACUGAUAUAGUGAAAUACAUGUAUAAUGAAACUGAUGCUGAUUUGUUAGUUUCCUUAAUAGGUGAGGUGAUCCAGCUUAAAAAUUACCCAACAGAACAGUCACAAAAUAAAAAUAAGCUAACUCGUGAAGAACUUUUGAGCGCUAAAGAAAAAGAAAAGGCAAAUAACGGGAAAAUUGCUUAUACAGAUCUACUGAAAAUCUUAUUAGACUUCCAACUUAAGGGGCAUGAAAAGUUUUUAUCGAAGUUUAUUCAGCUGUUUAGAAAGGUAGAUUCAGAUAAUAAUGGAGUUGUAAAUGAAAUGGAAUUUAGGGAGCUGCUUGCCUUUACUGAAAUGGGAUUUAGUGAAGAAGACACUUUGAGACUGCUGCACAUAGUUGAUCCUUAUAAUAACCAGCAAAUAACAUUUUCUGAGUGCAUUUCUUUGUUUUCAACUGUAAAUUUUAUAUAGGAACCUGCACCAAAUCAGGAUAAUAAAGAAGAAAAAGAUAAGGUUGCUGUUUUGCAAAAGCUAUCUCUUAGUGAAGAAUAG